AUGGUGUUAGAUUUACCUGAUCGAAGCCGUGGCUCUGAUAACAACCAGAUCGCGAAAGGAAUAGGCUCCAGAGCUAUUGGAGGUCUUGCUACAAAGGGGAAAUAUGUUUCGCUUGACCACAAGGUCCCCGAGAGCGUAUGCGGAAUCGUGCAUCUAUAUAGAGAUGGGGACCCUACCCCAGGCCUCUCUGAUAGCGAUGACGACCCAUACUUUUUAAAAGGUUCGUCGAUCGCGCGCAAUGCAGAAGUACCGUCCACAAGACCUAGAAAUCGCCCAGACAACAGGUUUCGUUCGGACACACCAUUAUCGCCAGAAGAUUGCACUACUUUGUGUAUCUUAGCUGUUCCCUCAUAUAUGUCCCCUCCGGACUUUAUAGGUUGGGUGGGGCAAGAAACGAAAAACGACCCCGAAACGUGCCACGUUGUAUUCGUAAAAGAUGUGGAAAUCCAGGCUCCUGCGGCUUCGCCAGAAGGUCGAUUUCCGGAUACAAACAACGAUCCUUUUACUUCCCAGGCGCAGGUGCAGGCGAGCGCGGUAGCAGCCGCUUCCUUGUCUACAAAACCAUUAGCCCCUCCAACCCCAUCGUUGAUUGAACUGCCAACGUGCCCUGUCUGCUUGGAGCGGAUGGACGAAACCAGUGGACUCCUUACCAUCAUAUGUCAACAUGUUUUUCACUGCACGUGUCUACAAAAAUGGAAAGGCAGUGGCUGCCCCGUCUGUCGAUACACACAGGAGGACCUGGCCAAGCGUACUUCCGCCCUUAUUCAUGAUGAAGAUCCGGAAUGCAGUGUCUGUCAUUCGGAAGAAAACCUUUGGAUUUGUUUAAUAUGCGGGAAUAUUGGGUGUGGGAGAUAUGACGGUGCGCACGCAUUUGCUCACUUUAAGGAGACAGCACAUUCUUUCGCUAUGGACCUAUCAUCGCAGCGCGUUUGGGACUAUAUUGGAGACGGCUACGUCCACCGGAUUAUCCAAAAUAAAGCUGAUGGGAAACUCCUGGAGUUACCAGCAGCUGACAAUAGUGCCCUUGACCCUCCCGACUGGGCUGAUGCUGUUCCACGGGAAAAGUGGGAGAAUAUGAGCGUUGAGUAUACCCAUCUUCUUACAAGCCAACUGGAAAGCCAGCGGACAUACUUCGAAGAAAAGGUUGAGCGCGCAGCGGAUAAAGCAUCAGAAGCGAGCGCGGCUGCUCUCGCAGCAAGGGAAGCCGCCGAGAAACUGACCAUGCGCCUGGAAGGAUUACAAUCUGAACAUGAUACCCUGGCCAAGGAGACGAUUCCCGCUCUUGAAAAGGAUAAAAGCCGAGCUGAGCGGCGUGCAGAAAAGUUCGAGGCGUUGUCCCGCAAAAUGGAGAAGGAGUAUCGAGAAGAAAAAACAAUCAAUGCCAGCUUAAUGGAACGCGUAGAUUACUUGACAACAGAGGUCGAGAAUCUAAAAGCGGCCAAUGCAGAUCUUUCUGAGCAGAACCGAGACCUUACAUUCUUCAUCAGUGGGAUGGAGAAGUUGAAAGAUCAGGGUGAGGAUGUAGUUGAAGGCACGGUUAGUGUACCAGAGCCAUCGAAGACUGGGAAGAAAAAAAAAGGAAAAAACAAGAAGUGA